UCACGGGUGAAUCACACCUCCUUGAGCUCGUACGCGCAUAAACGAAGUUUAAUUGAUAUUAAGAGGGGACAAUUAUCAAGGAUCUGGAACUGUGAGCAGCUUCAACCGCUUCUCCGACAGUUCGCCGUUUGCCGACUACCGUAACGUGGAUAUUUACUAGCUUUCAAAAUUUCUAUUUUUAUCCCUUGUGUUCCCGGUUUAUCUACGUUGUUUCCGUUUCAUCUCCAGCGUCUCUAAUAGUGAUAUUUUACGAUAAUACAUUGUGUUAUUUCAUUCGUCAAUAAGAAUAAGAUUUAGGAUCAUUUUAUUUUUAUCAUUUUAGUUAUUUUUUUUAUCAUUUUAAACUUUUAUCUUAAUGCGCGAUUAUAUUUUAAGAUUUCACUUGAAAAAUCAGAUAAACAGUCGUUGAAAGUGUUUUUCUUUUUCUUUUUUUUUUUUUUUUUUACCUUUUUCUGAUCUAUCAUAAAUUCUUAUUUCAAAAUUAGAUAUCAAUGAUACUAAAGUUUUUAAGAGCAAACGAUACCUAUUGUUGGAGAUGUGAUGGAGUUUGUUACAUAAUUACAUGUUGUCCUACAUUUUGACAUUGACAUGCUUUUGUAAUAGAUUUUGAUAUAACUAUGUCAAAUUGAUACUGUGGGUUAAAAAAGUAUUAUAAUAUCAAUGUGAUCAUGAUACCGAACAGAUUGUCUGAUAGUGGACAGAGUAAUAUGACAACAAGCACUCAAUUUGUGUUAUAUUUACAUAAAACAAGAAGAACUGAUGUAUCUUUUUUUAAUUCAUAUUACUUUUUCAAUAUGACACUUGGUCGUGUUUUUAAGGGUAAGGGACAACCUAAAGGGCAAGCAAGAAUGCCUGCGGAGAUGGACAUACGCGUCAAAGUUAUAUAUAAUGGGGAGGUCCAAAUUACAUACGUGACGGCCGGGAUCUCGGUGGAUACGUUGCGGGAGGAGAUGAGAGCGAUAUGCGGGUUCGGUGGCGCAGGGCCAGGUUCAGGGCCGGACCAACAAUUCACCAUGAAGUGGGUCGAUGACGAGGGGGAUCCUUGCAGAAUCGCGUCGCAGGAAGAAUUAGACGAAGCGCUGCGACUGUACGAACUAGAAAAGGACACGGAAAUAACGAUACACGGUGUCUAAAGAAGACUGAAAGGAAGGAAGUUGAAAGAGAGAGGUCGCAAAAGAGGCGGUAAACGUACAUCGAUCGAGGCAGCGAUUCGUCGCACGCUCAUCCGGAUUCCUGUGAAAGAGAGAGAAGGAAAGAGCGAGAGAAAGUGCGAGACGCAUCAAAAGGGAGGG